AUGGCCUCUUUGGACCUGCCUUACCGCUGUCCUCGCUGCGGGGAGCACAAGCGCUUUCGAAGCCUCUCGUCCCUUCGCGCUCACCUGGAGUACAAUCACACCUAUGAGACUCUCUACGUCCUGUCAAAGUCCAACAGUGUGUGUGACGCUGCUGCUCUGCUGCCCCUUGUGGCCGAAGGUGCUCUCAUCACCCCAAACAACAAUGACCCAUUUGAGCCCCUGAGACCCUCAGCCCUGAAGGAGAGACAUUUUCCAUGUCGUGAACUUCCCUGUGCAGACGACCUCAGUCUAACUCCUGCUCACUCUAACAGUUCAACUCGCUAUAUACCCAAUGUGGAGUUCCCCCUGGGAGAAAUUUUUAUGAAGCAAGCCAUGGCAUCCACAGACCCUGGUCCUCACGGUAACCCCAGCACGGCUGUAGCAGUAGCCGCAAAUGUGGCAGCCAGUGCUGUAGAGGCUGCUUAUGAAGAGGGACUGGCCAGGCUGAAAGCACGAGCCUUUGAGAGGCUGGAAUUGGAUGAAAGACUGGAAAAACUCUCUGAAGAGGUGGAGCAGAAAAUAGCAGCUCGGGUUGGUCGCCUGCAGGCUGAGCUGGAGAGGAAGAGCUCAGAGCUGGAGCGGGCCAAACAGGAGAGUGAUCGUCUGAGCCAGGAGAAGCAGGACCUGGAGGACAAAGCCACAGAGCUGUCCCGCCAGGUGGACGUGUCUGUGGAGAUGUUAGCCAACCUCAAGCAGGAUCUGGUCAGCAAAGAGACUGAGCUCACUCACAAACAGCAGGAAGUGGCCCAAAUCGACCAGUUUCUUCAGGAGACGGCAGCGCGAGAAGCCAAAGCCAAAGUUCGUCUGCAGCAGUUCAUUGAGGAGCUUUUGGACCGGGCCGACCGCGCGGAGAAACAGCUCCAAAUCAUCAGCAGCUGCGGAACCACACCCAACGGCAGCCUGGGCCGCUGCAGCCUGCAGGCCAACAAGGGCAACGGCCGAGAGAGAAACUCGAGUCUUUCUGGAAGCACAAGGGGCAUGUACCAAGUAUCCGAGAGACGCUCCUCCCCCAGCACUGCAGCGUCUGGCCGGAUCAAAUCGGUGUCGCAGGGCUCUGGGGGAUAUGACAGCGACAGUGUGGAGAUGCACCCCAUGGAGGAGUGCCCCGACGCGCAGUACUAUCAAAUGCAGUGUCGACUCGGGGACGGGGGCUACGAGCGCUCGCCCUCCUGUGGCGGAGCAUCUAGAAACUGGGGUCUACGCAAACAGGCUAUUCAGAACUGGCAGAGACGCCCUUACAGGAACAGUGAAGGAGAGGAGGGGGAUGUGUCGGAUGUGGGCUCUCGGACCACAGAGUCAGAGGAGAUGUGGGAGCAGGAGAGGAGGACUGUGGCUGAGGUCCAGCAGUCUGCUCCCCCUUACCCACACCAUGUGCGAGCUUACUACCCCAACAUAGGUCGACCUGAACCAAUCUACAGCAAACCAUGUCGUCAUGCCAAGAGCCCCUCGAAGUCCAACGAGGUCAUCAGUCCGGAGGUGCUAAAGAUGCGAGCUGCUCUCUUCUGCAUCUUCACAUACCUGGACACAAAAACUCUCCUCCGGGCCGCAGAGGUUUGUCGAGACUGGAAGUUUGUGGCCAGACAUCCAGCCGUGUGGACCAGGGUGCUGCUGGAGAACGCCCGCAUUUCCUCUAAGUUCCUUUGCACAUUGUCUCAGUGGUGCACACAGACACAUUCCCUAAUUCUACAAAACCUUAAGCCGAGACAGAGAGGGAAAAAGGAGAACAAGGAGGAGUAUCUUAAAAGCACACGCGGUUGUCUGGAAGAGGGUCUAGAGGCCUUGUUGAAAGCCACAGGGAGUAGUUUGCUCAUCCUGAAGAUCUCUCACUGCCCAAACCUGCUCACUGACCGCUCCCUCUGGCUGGCUAGCUGCUACUGCCGAGCCCUACAGGCCGUAACUUACAGGAGUGCCACAGACCCAGUGGGCCAGGAGGUCAUCUGGGCACUGGGAGCUGGCUGCAGAGACAUUAUCUCCCUACAGGUGGCACCACUACACCCAUGCCAACAGCCAGCACGCUUCAGUAAUCGCUGCUUGCAGACCAUUGGUAGAUGUUGGCCGCACCUCCGAGCUCUGGGAGUGGGCGGCGCUGGAUGUGGUAUUCAAGGAUUGGCAUCACUGGCCAGGAACUGCAUGCGACUGCAGGUGCUAGAGCUGGACCAUGUGAGCGAGAUCAACCAGGAGGUGGCAGCAGAGGUUUGCAGAGAGGGACUGAAGGGGCUUGAGAUGCUGGUCCUCACCUCUACACCAGUGACCCCCAAAGCACUGCUCCACUUCAACAGUGUUUGCCGCAGUCUAAAGUCCAUAGUGGUGCAGAUUGGUAUAGAAGACUACUUUGAGGAUCCCAACAGCCCAGAGGCCAGAAAAUUAUUUGACGAAAUGGUCAUUAAGCUGCAGGGUCUGAAGAAGAGACCGGGCUUCUCCAAAAUCCUCCAUGUAAAAGCGGACAGCAUCUGCUAA